AUGCUGCACCUCUUUCUGGUCUGCACCACCUGGAAAAUGGGGAUCAGCCAGCUCCAUUAUUCUGUAGCUGAAGAAUCCCAGCAUGGCACCUUUGUGGGCCACAUUGCCAAGGAUCUAGGGCUGGAGACGGAUCAGCUGAUUCAUCGGAUGUUCCAGAUGGAAUCCAAAGAUUCUGGGGACUAUUUUGAGGUAAAUUUCCACAAUGGGAUUUUGUUUGUUAAUUCCCGAAUAGACAGGGAGGUGCUAUGUGCUAGGAACCCUUUCUGCAUCAUUCAUUUGGAGGUAAUUGUGGAUAAACCUUUGAAAAUCUUCCACAUAGAGGUGGAAAUCAAGGACAUAAAUGACAAUGCUCCACUUUUCUCAACUAAUGAACAAUCCCUUAAUAUUGCAGAAUUAAUGUUGCCAGGUACACGUUUCCCUCUGAAGGGAGCUUCUGAUGCAGACAUUGGUUCUAAUGCUCAUCUUAAGUACAAGCUUAGUUCCACAGAAUAUUUUACUAUUGAACAAAAAAUAACUGAUCAAUACAGUGUAUCAUUGGUGCUUGUUUUAAAUAAACCUCUGGACAGAGAGAAAACAUCUGUGCACCAUUUAUUGCUUACAGCUACUGAUGAGGGCCAACCAGAACUCACAGGCACACUUCAACUUGAGAUAAUUGUGAUGGAUACAAAUGACAAUGCCCCUUUCUUUAAUCAAUCUGUUUAUAAGGUGAAAAUAUUAGAAAAUGUGCCCAAUGGGACACUGGUUAUCAUUCUCAAAGCAACAGACUUAGAUGAGGGAAUGAAUAAAGAAAUUUCUUAUUCCUUCAGUAAUAAUGUUCCUUCUGAUAUGUUUAGCAUUCAUUCCGAUACAGGUGAGAUCAAAGUGAGAGGGGAAGUGGAUUUUGAAGAAACUAGUACAUAUAAUAUUGAAAUUGAGGCAAAAGAUAAAGGUUACCCCCCUUUAUUUGGACACUGCAUUGUCCUUAUUGAAAUUUUAGAUAUAAAUGAUAAUGCCCCUGAGAUGACAUUGAAAUACGUGUUGGUGCCAGUGCCUGAGGAUUCCUCACCAGGAGCAGUGAUAGUUCUAAUCAGCUUUACAGACAGGGACUCUGGAUCCAAUGGGCAAGUGAGUUGCUCCCUAUGGCCCAUUGGACUUCCGUUCAAGCUGUUGACAACCUUCAAGAAUUAUUACUCCCUGGUAUUAACUGAGCCUGUGGAUAGAGAGCAUGUGGCAGAGUUCGAAUUGUUGAUUGUGGCCCAGGACCAAGGGUCUCCCUCACUAUCAGUAAGCAGCAGCCUAGUGGUGCCCAUCAGUGAUGUGAAUGAUAAUGCACCUGCUUUUGAUCAGUCUGCCUACACAAUCUUUGUAAAGGAGAAUAAUCUACCUGGUGCUCAUAUAUUCACAGUGUCUGCUGCUGACCCAGACAUGGCUGAGAAUGGCCUGGUCAGCUAUUGGCUGGAUGAGAAACCAGAGCCACUCUCAAAGUACAUUUCAGUACACUCAGAAAGUGGGAAGAUGUAUGUGUUGCAGCCCUUGGACUAUGAGGAGCUUAAGCUGUUGGAGUUCUAUGUGAAUGCUAAAGAUGCAGGACGACCUUCCUUAAGCAGCAAUAUCACAGUACAGAUAUUUGUGGUGGAUGAGAAUGACAAUGCCCCAGUAGUUUCUGGAUUAGAGAAAAUCCCUGUCUUACUCAAGGUCCCUGUCAUGGCUGGACAUUUAGUGGGCAAGAUCUGUGCCCUGGAUGCAGAUGCAGGCUACAAUGCCUGGCUGCGCUAUGAACUGCAUGAGCUAACUGGUGGGCCCUGGCAAGUGGGGCUUUACAGUGGUGAGAUCAGUAUCAAACAUUCCCUGGACGAGACAGAGAACAGCAACAGUCAGACCCUGCUGGUGCUGAUAAAGGAUCAUGGAGAGCCACCACAGUCAGUUACAACAACGGUGAGCGUAUCACUGGUGAAAAAUACUCAGAAGAUUCAGGAUGAUGCCCUUCUUUCCAGGAGGAGAGGUGAUAUGGAACCCCUAAUGGUCAAUGUUAAUACCUACUUAAUCAUUGCCAUUUGCUCAGUGUCAAGCUUGUUCCUGCUUGUAAUCAUCUUGUAUGUGAUUCAGCAAUGCCACAGCCAGGUAAAAGAGACAGCAGUGUAUGGUCCUGGCACAGCCACCCUGGUGUGCACCAGUGAAGUGGGCAGCUGGUCUUACUCAAAUCGCCAUAGCCAUAUUUUGGGAGGAAUCAGUGGUGAGACUGGUGCCAAAACUGACCUCAUGGUUUUCAGUCCCAACCUACCUGUAUUCGCAGAGAAUGAGGAAAUGGGCAGUAUGAAAGAUCUGGUCCUGGUUUCUUCUGGACAGAAUCUGGAAAUUAAACCUACUAUAACUAUGAUUUUUCUUCUCCAAUGCUGCCUACUAAGAAAGCAGGUGGUGCAGAUGCUUGUUCUUAGCUGGGCUUGGGAGUUGGGGAAUAGCCAGCAGCUCCUUUAUUCUGUGCCUGAAGAAUCCCAGCAGGGCACCUUCGUCGGCUACAUUGCUCAGGAUCUGGGAUUAGAAGUGGAAGAGUUGGUGCCUCGGAUGUUCAGGAUGGAAUCCCAAAACCAGGGGGAUUUUUUAGAGGUAAAUGUGCAGAAUGGGAUCUUGUUUGUAAAUUCCCGGAUAGACAGGGAGGAGCUGUGUGCCAAGAAUGCUGACUGUGUCGUUCAUCUGGAGGUGAUUGUAGAGAAACCUCUGACAGUCUUCCAUGUAGAGAUUGAAAUCAAAGAUAUUAAUGACAAUGCUCCUACAUUCAUUCAAAAGGAACAAAAUAUCUUUGUUUCAGAAAUAAGGAUGCCUGGUUCUUUUUUUCCACUGGAGGGAGCUUCUGAUGCAGAUAUUGGUCCAAACUCUCACCUCACCUAUACGCUCAGCUCCAAUGAAUAUUUUAUUUUAGAUGUCCAGAGGAAAUAUGAUAAAAUUCAAUCAUUAGGACUCCUUUUAAAAAACAGUGUUGAUAGAGAAGUCAAGGCUACGCAUUAUUUGUUGCUUGUGGCCAUAGAUGCAGGGAAACCAGAACUCAGUGGCACAACACAGUUGGUGAUUUCUGUGCUUGAUGAAAAUGACAAUGCUCCUACUUUUAACCAAUCAGUUUAUAAAGUCCAGGUGUCAGAGAACAUUCAAAAUGGGACAUUAGUAAUUAAAUUAAAUGCCACUGAUUUGGAUGAGGGAAUCAAUAAAGAAGUUGCGUAUUCCUUUCAUAACCGGGUGCCGGUUAAAUUGAAAAAUAUAUUUACCUUAGAUUCUGUUAAUGGAGAAAUGAGAACAAUAGAAAAAUUAGAUUUUGAGGAAGACCACCAAUAUGAGAUUCAGAUGCAAGCUAGCGAUAAAGGGAGCCAUCCAAUGACGGGAUAUUGUACGAUUGUGAUUGAAGUACAAGAUGUAAAUGAUAAUGCCCCUGAGAUAUGGUUAAAAUCUUUGUCGGUACCAGUAUCAGAGGAUUCUCUGCCAGGGAUGGUGGUGGCCCUCAUAAGUAUCUCAGAUCGGGAUUCUGGGAUCAAUGGACAAAUAAGCUGCUCCCUAUAUCCUGUUGGCUUUCCCUUCAGGCUGGUUACCACCUUCAAGAAUUACUACUCCCUAAUAGUUGCUGAACCCCUGGAUAGGGAGCAGAUGGGAGAAUACAGACUGAUUGUAAGAGCCCAAGAUCAAGGGACACCAACUCUGCUGACUACCAGUAGCCUGAUGAUACCUAUUGGUGAUGUGAAUGAUAAUGCACCUACUUUUGCACAGCCUUCCUAUACAGUCUUUGUGAAGGAGAACAAUCCACCUGGUGCUCAUAUCUUCACUGUUUCUGCCUCAGAUCCUGAUAUGGCUGAGAAUGCCCUGAUCAGCUAUUGGAUAGAUGAGAAGUUUUGGCCAUUGUCUAGUUAUAUCUCAGUACACUCAGAGAAUGGGAAACUCUAUGUUUUGCAGACACUGGAUUAUGAGGAGCUGAAGCUCUUGGAGUUCCAAGUGAGUGCCAAGGAUGCUGGACUGCCCUCUUUAUGUGGCAAUGUGACAGUACAAGUCUUCGUGAUGGAUGAAAAUGAUAAUGCACCUGUUGUAUUUGCACUAGCAGAGGUAAAUCCUGUCUUACUGGUGGUCCCUGUCAUGGCUGAACAAGUAGUGGCCAAGAUCCAUGCUGCAGAUGCCGAUUCAGGCUACAACGCUUGGCUAUACUAUGAAAUACAUGAAAACUCCAGCAAUUCUUGGCGAGUGGCUCGUUACAGUGGUGAGAUCAGUACCAAUCAUGCCCUUACUGAAGAAGAAGUUAAAUUGGGCAGUCAGAAUCUGCUAGUGCUGGUGAAGGAUCACGGGAAGCCAAUGCUAUCAACGACUGCUACACUGAGUGUGUCAUUUGUGGCAAGACCCCAUCUCAUUCAGACUGAUGUCCAUCUUCAAGAAAUGGGAAAGAACUCAAGACCCUUGGUGGAUAGCAUUAACAUCUACUUAAUCAUUGCUACCUGUUCAGUUUCCAGUUUAUUUCUGCUGACUAUCACUGUAUAUACAGUCAUGCGAUGUCAUGUCCAGGUGAAGAAGGCCAUGAUAUAUGGCCCUGGCACAACUACAUUAGUAUGUGCUAGUGAAGUGGGUAGCUGGUCAUAUUCAAAUCGUCACAGUCGCAUCCUGGCUGCUGUGAGUGGGGAAUCUGGCAUCAAGAGCGACCUCAUGGUUUUCAGUCCCAACAUUCCUCCUCUCCCGCCUGGCAGUGAAAAACAGGAACAAAUAUGUUGUGAUCCAGCGCUACAGAGAUGGAUAUAUAAGAUAGAAAAAACACUAUUGAUCUUUCUGCUUGUAUUUGCAAUGAUUGUCUGGAAGAAUGAAUCUGUGGCAAACUGGCUGCUGCAGCUGGUUCUGCUCCACACCGCCUGGAAAAUGGGGAGCGGCCAGCUCCAUUAUUCUGUGCUGGAGGAAUCCCAGCACGGCACCUUCGUGGGCCGCAUCGCCCAAGAUCUGGGGUUGGAGGUGAGCGAUCUGGUCCCUAGGAUGUUCCGGAUGCUGUCCAAAGGAGAGAAGGACUAUUUUGAGGUAAACGUGCAGAACGGAAUCUUGUUUGUAGAUUCCCGGAUAGACAGGGAGGAGCUGUGUGCCAAGAAUGCUGACUGUGUUGUUCAUCUGGAGGUGAUUGUAGAGAAACCUCUGAGAUUCUUCCAUGUGGAGGUUGAGAUCAAAGACAUAAAUGACAAUGCUCCCAUCUUCUCUGCAAGGGAACAGGUUCUGAGCAUGGCUGAAUUGACAACAGCAUCUGGUACCCGGUUUCCCUUAGAGGGAGCCUCUGAUGCAGAUAUCAGUACUAAUGCUCUGCUAACCUACAAGCUGAGCCUCAAUGAAUAUUUCACUGUAGAACAGAAAACAGAUGAGAAAUUCAGUAAACCUUUAGCAAUUGUUUUAAAGAAGCCACUGGACAGGGAGGAAAAUCCUGUCCAUCAUUUAGUACUGACAGCCACUGAUGGGGGUGAACCAAAACUCACAGGAACUGUUCAGCUAGUGAUCAUUGUGCUGGACGUAAAUGACAACCCUCCUGUGUUUAAUCCAUCAGUUUAUAAGGUAAAAUUAUUAGAAAAUGCAGCGGUUGGAACAUUAGUUAUUAAAGUGAAUGCCACUGAUUUAGAUGAAGGCAUGAAUAAGGAAAUCAAUUAUUCUUUUACUAAUCAUGUACCACUAAAUUUUCAGAACAUUUUUAGUAUAAAUUCCAAUACAGGGGAAGUAACUGUAGAAGGAUGGGUAGAUUUCGAAGACCUUGCUAUAUAUGAUCUUCAUAUUGUGGCAGACGAUAAAGGGUACCCCCCUUUGUCAGGGCACUGCCAAGUGAUCAUUGAAGUGCUGGAUGUAAAUGACAAUGCUCCAGAGUUGUUUGUCUCAUCACUCUCAGUGCCAGUGCCAGAGGACUCCUCACGGGGGACAGUGGUAGCCCUCAUCAGCAUUUCAGAUAGGGACUCAGGAGACAAUGGGCAAAUGCAUUGCUCACUGUGGCCUCCUGGGAUGCCCUUCCAACUUGUAUCCAAUUUCAAGAAUUACUAUUCAUUAGUAGUGUCUGACUCCCUGGAUCGGGAGCAAGUUGCUGAGUAUCAGCUGAUGGUGAAAACAGAAGACCAAGGAGUCCCAUCACUGUCAGCUACCAGUAUCUUGACAGUGCCCAUCAGUGAUACAAAUGACAAUGCUCCCACUUUCACACAGCCCUCCUACACAGUCUUUGUGAAGGAGAACAAUCCCCCUGGUGCUCACAUCUUCACAGUAUCUGCCUCAGACCCAGAUGUAGCUGAGAAUGCCCUGAUCACCUAUUGGAUAGAUGAGAAGCUUUGGCCGUUGUCCAGCUACAUCUCUGUACAUUCAGAGAGUGGAAAGCUCUAUGCUUUGCAACCUUUGGACUAUGAAGAGUUGAAACUGCUGGAAUUUCAAGUGAGAGCCAAGGAUGCUGGACUGCCCUCCUUAUGUGGCAAUGCGACUGUUCAAGUCUUUGUGAUGGAUGAAAAUGACAAUGCACCUGCCGUGUCACGAUCAUCAGAAGAGAACCUGAUUCUUCUAGUGGUCCCCGUAAUGCCUGGGCAUAUUGUAGGCAAGAUCCAUGCCUUGGAUGCGGACUCUGGAUACAAUGCAUGGCUAAGCUAUGAGCUGGUUGAAGAAAGUAGUGGGCCAUGGGCUGUGGGGCAGUAUAGUGGUGAGGUGAGUACCAAAUAUUCUCUGGAUGAGUCAGAAGGAAGCAAGAGCCAGAGUGUGCUGGUUCUUGUGAAGGAUCAUGGGAAGCCGCAACUCUCAACUACAGCUACCCUGAGUGUGUCACUGGUGACAAGCACCCAAGCCAUCAAAACAGAUAUUCACCUCCCCAGGUCAGGAGAGAGCUUCAUGCCCUUGGUGGACUCAAUCAACAUCUAUCUGAUCAUUGGCAUCUGCUCUGUUUCCAGCCUGUUUCUGCUGGCCAUUCUCAUCUACGUGGCCCUGCGGUGCCACUGCAAGGCAAAGGAAACCAUGGUGUACGGUCCUGGCACAGCCACCCUGGUCUGUGCCAGUGAAGUGGGCAGCUGGUCCUAUUCCAAUCGCCACAGCCACAUCCUGGCAGGUGUGAGUGCAGAGGCUGGUGCUAAGAGUGACCUCAUGAUUUUCAGUCCCAACGUUCCUGUUUUAGCAAAUAAUGGGGAACUUAAGAAUGGGACAGAGAUGCCCUCAAAUUCAUCUAAAGAGGGCAAUGAAGAUUAUCAGAGGCUGGACAGAAAGUUCUAUGAGCAGAGACUCAAGAAAGUGGAUAAGUCAACUUUGAGGAAAGAAGACUGGAUUGAGGGAAAAUGUAAUUGGACUAUUCAAGAAGCUGAAGAGAUGUCAUACAGAAGAAGGCUGUGA